AUAAGUAUAUAUACAGUUUAAAAAUUAUACAGUAGUUGCUUAUUCUGCGUUACGUCAUUGAUACGUUACCAUGGAAACGCAUUAGCCAAUCACGUUAUCUUAAAAAGAAAGUGUAACAUGAUAAUGUAUAAUAUAUAUUAUUUGCUUCUGUUUGCUGGAAUUUAAAACAUUUUACUAUAAUAAAACAUGCAGUCUAUUUUAUAAGUUGGUGAUACGAUGUUAACACAUGUGUCAUCAUUUAUCUAGAAUAUAUUCGAGAGAGAGAGAGAGAGAGAGAAAGAAGAAAGAGAGAAAGAGAGAAUAGCCUUGAGACAACAUUGACCUAAUUCCAUGACAAAUGUUGAUAGUCCUGUUCAUGAUUCUAACACACCUGACGUUUUCUAGUUAACACAGAAGGAAUAUAAAUAAUACUAAUGUAUACAUAUGAUCUUGAUAACAGCCAUAUAAUAUGAAAAAGUAACGAACAAAGUUAAAAACUGAUCAGUAAUGCGAUUGGAAAGAAAGAAUUUUAUAACAUUCAAUUCGUUAUUUGUAUGCGAUACGAAAGUGAAUAUUUGAAUAUUGAGUUAUAAUUAUAGAUAGAGGUCGUUGAUAUCUAAUAAACAUUUGAAGUAUUCCGAAAUGAAUAAGGAACAUUUAUUAUUAUACGACAAGCAGUUGAUACGCGUUGAAUAGAACGAAGCGAACACAGAUAGGCUCAAGUGGCCGAGGGGCAUUUGAACUGACGAGAUAAUGGACCGUUCGUAGAGAAGGAGAAAGAAUUAACGAUACCAGACAACGUAUAGUUGCGAGAUGAUCGUAAAUACGAUCAUUCAAUCGCACUUUCUCGUUUCUACAGUUUCUCUGACGCACGCGUGACGUCAAACGAAAGAAUAAAAAACAAUUUCAGUAUACCUUUCCAACCUCAUCCUUUCUACAUUUUUUCCCGAACUGCAUUAUCAAGCACACUUAUUGCAAAUUCUUUCUCUCCUACUUUUCCAUCAAGACAACAACCUUAUGAUUGAAUUUCCUAUUGUUUUUUUAUUUAUUAUCGUUUAUCGUCAUAAGUAUUAUUUUCUUUUUUAAUUAAUUUCAAAUAAAUAAAUCUUUGCGUACGAUCGUGUUUAAACAAGGAUGGUCAAAACAAUCGACAGUCGAUGACAAGUACAAAGCGCGCGUAAAUUAAAAAGAAGCAUACUACAUCGAUAUAUCGAUGUGUCAAAGAAGAACCGAUAAAUUUUCAACGAAUUCGUUCAAAUGAAGUAGGAGAUAAAGCAAUCGAAGAAAAUCGUUAAAUAUUCUUUACAAAAUGAUGUUUUUCAAUUUUUUGUUAAACGAAUCAAUAUGAAUGUGUUACUACGAGCGAUAAACUACUCUGUCAAGGGACGUUGAGUUGUACUCUAAGAACUCAUUCGUGACUGACAAUAACAGAAACAAAUAAAAAUAGGGAGAAGAAAGAAAGAAGUUAUCAAAGAGGGUUACUUCUUUCUUCAAGGAAAUUCCUUUAAAGAAUAAAGUGGGGACGGUGGGUGAGUGCGAACGAAGGAAGGAAGGCAUGUAUCGAACAACUAUUGGGCAUACUCCCGUCGAGUUUCGUGUUUCUCAACGCGACAUGGCGUCGAGUAGGAUUGUCGAUAUGUAGCAUCGGAAUCGUCCUUGGAAAGCAUUCAAUUUAAAGUCUAAUAUAACCGAUACGACAUUCAUACUAUGGGCUAUCAUAUCGAAUGGAAGGGCACGCGUUAAAGAAGAGUCAAGUCCGAGGUAACGAUUAUUUUGUGAAACUACUAGUAUCAAUCAACAACAACGAUCGAACAUCAUUCAUUCCUCGUUUACGUUUAUUAUUAUGCGCUCGAGCGCGUCGAUCCUUCGACCACCAUUCCAUUGGAUCGUAUCGUUGAAUAUUUGCCUGUAAUACGGCAGUUACAGCUGCCAGCACAACCGCCAGCCACUGAAUGGGGUCACCGUGAUGAAGUCGAAGAAUCUUCCUCAAAAAGAAGAUGAUACCAAUAAUGAUGAUUCUACGGAAGCGAAUGAAAGGUACGACAAGUUUGAUACGAUAAGGAUGCCGGUCGUACGUGUCUUAAGUAAAAGUCCACCGAACGAUGAGGGCAUUGAGCCCGAUACGGAACGAAGAAGAGGAUCGGUAGCUCGAUGCUGUAGUCUCGAUUCUACCUUGCCGAGUGAUGACGAUACAUCGAACAGUGUUUAUCAGCAAAAUCGACACAAACUGAGGGUCACGAGAUGUUACAGUUCCGAUAGCGCAGUACUGAGUGAUGAGGAUCAAGGAAAAGGAUGGGAUUGCUUUAACAUGGUAGAAGGUAGUGAAUGUGAAUCUACUGAAGGAAGACCAAGAUAUUGGAGAACACCAAGUGUGGUUGUUAGCGAUUAUUCAGAUUAUUCUUACUUAGAUGAAAACUUUGAAAGAACCAAUCUUGAUGUUGAAAAAUAUGAUGGAACAAGUGGGAGUCCGAGUCAAACUAGUAGUUGUUCUUGCCUAGAUUGUGAUGAGAUACAAGAGUCAUUGAAUAUAAAGUUCCUUCAAGUUUGUCGCCUUCGUAGACAUUCUGAUUCCUGCUGUUUGUGCCUAAGACAAGCUAAUGCUACUUCUAUAAGAGAUCUACACGAAGCAGGAAACAGAAGAAAUUCAUGUGUGGAAACUACUGGUCCAUAUUACACUAAAUUUGAUGAUCCUUCAGUUCUCGAAUAUACAAAUGAUAGUCCUUCCGAGCUAAAACAUCAAUCAAAAGUUGAAUUAUUAGAUGUUCCACCUCCACGUAAAGUAUCAAAUUGUUCUACUACUUCCAGUUUAAGUGGAGAUGACUGUGAUAUCUCUGAAGAACUACAACCGAUUAAAUCUUUACGAACAUCUGGCUGGAGAAAAUUGAGAAAUGUUGUGCAUUGGGCCCCAUUCUUUCAAAUAUAUAAAAAACACCGAUAUCCAUGGGUACAAUUAGCUGGACAUCAAGGAAAUUUUCAUGCUGGACCAACAUCGGGAACUAUUUUAAAGAAAUACUGCUCGCAGGAAGAAGCUUGUUUCCGAUUGCUAAUGCAUGAUAUUCUAAGACCGUAUGUACCUGAAUUUAAAGGAGUCUUGAAUAUUCGACAAUCUGAAGAAGAAACCUGUGAAAACUCUGAAUUAAAAACAAAGAAUAAAAAUGAAGAUAAAGUGAUAGACAAGGAAUCCAUUGUUACCUCAUUUUUGCAACUUCAAGAUCUUUUGGGAGAUUUUGAACAACCUUGUGUAAUGGACUGUAAAAUUGGAGUGCGAACGUAUCUUGAAUCUGAAUUGGCAAAAGCCAAAGAAAGACCUAAGCUAAGGAAAGACAUGUAUGAGAAAAUGAUACAAAUUGAUCCAACUGCACCAAGUGUCGAAGAACAUCGAUUACAAGGUGUUACAAAGCCAAGAUAUAUGGUCUGGCGAGAAACCAUUUCUAGUACAGCUACACUCGGAUUUCGUGUUGAAGGUAUAAAAUUAGCGCAUGGUGGAACUUCGAAAGAUUUUAAAACAACUAAAACUCGUGAACAGGUUACAGAAGCUCUUAAGCGUUUUGUUGAAGGUUACACACAUGCAGUUCCAAAAUAUUUACAACGUCUUAAUGCUAUACGAACAACGCUUAAGGCAUCUCCAUUUUUUGCUACACAUGAAGUUGUUGGUUCGAGCUUAUUGUUUGUGCAUGAUGUUAAAAAUGCCGGUAUAUGGAUGAUUGACUUCGCAAAGACAUUACCUCUACCACAACAUCUAUCUGAAAUUCGACAUGAUGUUGAAUGGCAAGUGGGAAAUCACGAAGAUGGUUAUCUAAUAGGUGUCAAUAAUCUCAUUGACAUAUUCGAAGAAAUAAGAAGUUCUCAAAUAUAACUUCAAGUUUAUUCUAAUAUGCUAAAUGUAAUAAUAACAUGAGCGUUUCGUUAAUUUACCUGUUAUAACUUUCUGCUUUAACAGGUACACUUAACUUACGUCUUCUUGUGCAAAUUUAAUUUUAGGUGUAUUUAUCUAUACAAAAUAUUGUAAGAACACAUUGACUGUCUCUAAUGAUAUCCUUGAAAAAAGGGUGAACCAAAGACGCGGUAGCUAGUGCUACCUAGGUGUUCUAACUAGAUUUUUUUUAUUUUUUUUUUUUUUUUUUAUAUAUGUCGAAGGCAGAAACCUGUAAAAAAAUAACUUAAUAUUUUCUUAUAUGUAAGUUUAUUUAUACUUAACGCUA